AUGUUUCCAGCGGGAACGAGAUGCGAGGUGUUCAGACAGUAUGUUGACUGGGACAGGCUGAAUUGGAAGCGAGUCGAAUGGGAGAUGCGAGGCGGUGAUCUCUCAAAGAUUCAAGGAUUGCUGUUCACUGGCAACGAGCUCAUCAUCGUGGAGUCGUGCACUCGUGGAGUCGUGGAGUCGGUGGGUAGAGAUCGGCACGGGGGCCGGAGACGAGUCGUGACGGAGGAAGCCAAGUCGGGUGUCGUGACUGCGUGGUUGGUCCUCGGCCAACCCUGCAAGCCCGCAACCCUGAUCGCCCGCCCUUAA